CCGCGUUCUUGAGACUCUUUCACUUUUCCAUUUUGCGGCGUCGAUUCCCUUUGCUUUUCCCUUGAGAUCCAGUAAUAUCGAUUACUACUCCGAUCUGAUUCCUAGAUAUCGCCGCUCCAUAUCUUCUGAGAUAGCAUCGACUGCCUGCCGAUGGAGAGGGUUAUCUCAGCACAGGGCAUCCUUUCCCUCCCUUCCACGCUGCAAGCUCGCACUUUCCAUCCCCUCCGCCGCCGUUUUCCUUUCGCCGCCGCUCGGUUCCCCUCCCCGGUCAUUUCCGCCAAGGUCACGAACCACCCCGUCCAUGACUUCAUCUCGAAGGACCGGGGUGUUGCUGGUGAGUCCCAAAGAUCGCUCCUUUCCACUGGGCUUUAUGGGAAACACAGGAAAGCUCCGACCUUUACCGCCUCCGCGGCGGCUGGAGGGAUCGGUUUUGUGGAGGGCGAGGCGGAGAAGCCCAAGUUAUUGGGGGUCGAGAUUACGACACUCAAGAAGAUAAUUCCGCUGGGGAUCAUGUUCUUCUGUAUUCUUUUCAAUUAUACCAUUCUCAGAGAUACCAAGGACGUGCUGGUGGUGACGGCCAAGGGGAGCAGCGCCGAGAUUAUACCUUUCUUGAAGACUUGGGUAAACUUGCCGAUGGCGAUUGGGUUCAUGCUUUUGUACACCAAGCUGUCGAAUGUUCUGUCCAAGGAGGCUCUCUUUUACACCGUGAUUUUCCCUUUCAUAGCCUUUUUUGGUGCCUUUGGCUUUUUGCUCUAUCCCCUGCGAGAUGCCAUCCAUCCUACGGCGCUUGCAGAUAAGCUUCUAGCAGCGCUUGGUCCGAGCUUCCUUGGCCCGGUUGCGAUUUUGAGGAUUUGGAGCUUCUGCCUUUUCUAUGUCAUGGCAGAGCUUUGGGGAAGCGUGGUGAUCUCGGUCCUCUUUUGGGGGUUUGCCAAUCAGAUUACCACUGUUGAGGAAGCUAAAGAAUUCUAUCCAUUGUUUGGACUUGGGGCUAAUAUUGCCCUCAUCUUCUCGGGACGAACAGUAAAGUAUUUCUCUAAUCUACGUAAGAAUCUGGGACCAGGGGUUGAUGGCUGGGCAAUUUCACUGAAAGGAAUGAUGAGCAUCGUUGUGCUUCUUGGGUUUGUAAUAUCUGCAAUCUAUUGGGGUGUAAAUAAAUUUGUGGUGAACGACCCAUCUCUUCCAAGAUCAAACCGCAAGAAGAAGGUGAAGAAGCCAAAGCUAGGCAUGAAUGAGAGCCUCAAGGUUUUGCUGUCCUCCAGAUAUGUAAGGGAUCUAGCCACGUUGGUGGUUGCUUAUGGGAUCAGCAUCAACCUGGUGGAAGUCACAUGGAAAUCAAAGCUCAAGGCACAGUUUCCUAGUCCAAAUGAAUAUUCAUCUUUCAUGGGUGAUUUUUCAACCAUGACCGGAAUUGCGACUUUUACAAUGAUGUUGCUAGGAAGGUGGAUUCUCAGAAAAUUUGGCUGGGGAGUGGCAGCCAUGAUCACUCCUACAGUUUUGCUUCUAACGGGAGUUGGAUUUUUCUCCCUAAUCUUGUUCGGCGAGCCUUUGGCUCCCCUACUGGGAAGCUUUGGAGUGACUCCUCUGCUUGCUGCUGUUUAUGUGGGUGCAUUACAGAAUAUUUUCAGCAAGAGUGCAAAAUACAGCUUGUUCGAUCCUUGCAAGGAAAUGGCUUACAUUCCUUUGGACGAAGAGAUGAAGGUUAAAGGGAAGGCUGCAAUUGAUGUGGUCUGCAAUCCCUUAGGAAAGUCGGGAGGCGCCCUGAUCCAGCAAUUCAUGAUUCUGACAUUUGGGUCUCUAGCUAACUCGACUCCGUACCUAGGGGGAAUCCUUCUGGUGAUUGUUAUCGCAUGGCUAGGUGCUGCGAGAUCCCUGGACUCCCAAUUCUCCCCCUUGGCCAAGGAGCAGCUGGAGAAGGAGAAGUUACCGAAACAAAAGUCUAGUGUUGCGGCGGCUGCAUCGAAGGAAGAAACCCAGGAUUUGCUCGCCGAGGUAACGCUUAGCACGAAUGGAUCUGCUCAUGAAUCUGAAGCAGCCGACAAAGUAUCAAAUGAGUCACCUCUCUGAGGCAAAAAUGCAGAAUUCUCUUCUCUAAGCAUAGUAAAUGCAGUUAGUUAUCUUGUCGGGUAACUUCAGAAAGUUGGUGAAUGAGUUUCUACAUGAUUUAAGAAUUAUAGGAAUAAGCCUUGUGGGCAUUGCUUCUUGUUCUUUUUGGUAGGAAUGAGACCUGAACAUUCGGUGAGUUACUUGUUGCCGAAUUUAGUUAUUGAGGACGUGUGUCAAUUUGUUGGAUUCUUUUUUGUUGAAAGGACUGCAUUGUCUUAGUUUUUUUUUUAUAUACCAAUGAAUGAAACAAGUAUUGUGUCACUAGCACGAAAUUAAUAGAAAUCUCAGUAAAUGGCAAAUGGAAGAAGAGAGAGAGAGAGCUUUAUUUUUUUUAAAAAAAAAUAUCAAGGAAAUUACUCCCUGAAAAGGAAAUGAAGGGGAUUCGGGCUGACUACCGGCCGGCCUACCUACAAAGACGGCUCAAUAACCCAUUCUGUUCUAUUUAAUGCCCCUUCCCUGGAAAUUGGAACCCCGGUUGCCUAGUUAUCGCUGUGACUCUCCAAGAGAAGCGAGAACAAACGAAGCGAAGCAGGGUUCAGGCUCGGUGCCAUGACCAUCGACGACGAGAAGUCGAUAUACGUUGGGGGGCUCCCUUACGAGUGUACCCAGGAGGACCUCCAUCGUGCCUUCGACCUUUACGGCGCCAUCAUGGAUGUCAAAAUAGUCAAUGAUCGACAAGUUGGUGGAAAAUGUUAUGGGUUUGUUACAUUUAGAAACCCUAGGUCAGCUGUUGAUGCUAUUACGGACAUGAAUGGCAGG